AUGCGUCGCAACUCUGACAUCGAAAUUCAGCUGCCCGAUAUGGGAACAACACCACUGUCGCCGGCUCUGCUCGCAGAAUCUGAUGAUAUUGAAAUGACUUCCCACGACCCGGCACCCCCACUGACGCUUCCCCCACACAUCGCCGCUCGCUUUUACCGUCGAAACAGCAAGAUCCGGCGGUCCUCCGCAGCCUCUUCACGACGCAGCUCCGUUUCAUCGCUACACUCGCACCACUCGAACGUGUUGUCAAAUAGCCCCUCGAGUGAAGAUCAUAUCGCUCAGCAUCUCCGACGCAACUCCAUUAUCGAAUCUCGCAAAGCUCGGCUCGCGGAUCGUGCCUUGCACGCCGAGAAGGUGCGGCUGCGUGCCGCGCUAGCAAAAGCGGCAACACGAAGUCUAUACAGCGAGGAGCGCGCCUUGGCUGCCCAACAGGCGCGAGAGCGUCUCCUAGCCGAGAUCACUGCCAAGUGUGAGGAGCAAGUCAAACGUGCAAAGAAGAAAGCAGAGGAACAGCGGGAGAAGCUGGCCGCGGAACACGCUCGCCUGCGACUGGAGAUUGCUGAGAAGUGUGCAGAGGCGGAAAAGCGCCGUGCCCUAUACCAGCAAACGCACCGGCGUCAGCGCACAAGUAGCCUGCCGGCUACGGUGGAGAAGAAGAUGAUGGGACGAGCGGUCGUAAAAGGGUUGACCCAAGAUGCUGCAGCUCGGAAGAUUCAGCGAGUAUGGAGAACACACCACGCGAAAGCGGUGAUGCAAAGGUUCCGCGCGUUGAACCUGUCUAUUAGCCAGGUGCGCGAAAUGCCUUUCGAUAGAGUUGGGGCUCUGCUGUCGGACAAAGCUGUUCUCGAGACAACGACUCAAGUCCUUCGCCUGUGUGGUCUCCAGGAUCUGGAGGGUGGCACAUUGGGUGAACGUGGUGCGGUACGCACUUUCCUCAGCAGUUACAUGAUUGUCACUCAUCCGACCGAGGUCUUGAGUGGGGAUGGGGAGCAGGAGCAAGAUUUGAUCAACAAGGCUCGAGAGCUUUUGUCUGUCUUUGGACAAGUAACCGGGCUUCUUUCGUCAGGCUGUUGCUCUCCCACGGUCAUUACCUCGGAUCUCCAAACUCUUUGCGAAUCGUACAAUGUUUUCUUCUCAGCAUUUCACGCGUGGAAAUCUCAUGACUCGACGGUCCUUAUCGACAUCAUGCUAGCACAAUUCGUCGAGCUAGAGCUCAUCUGGCAGACCGUGAAGGACAACGAGGCUGGAGGCGCCGCCAACGAUUACCGCCAGGGUAUUCGGCAAAACCAGAUUCUCCUCUUGGCUCGGCUUAAGCGCCUCGCUGGCUCAGACAAAGCCAUGGACAUGAUUCGGCAAUCUCUCAAAAAGGUCAAGCGAGAGAAGAAGCGACUGGCCUCGAAGCAGGCCAUUCCUCGUUCGACCGAGCCUGCGGCUGCUCCCUCGCCGGGCGUUCUGACCGAGAGUGUCACAACCUCGAUGAGUGAAUCAUCCAACAACGGGGACGUUGCCGUCCUUCAAGAGCUCGACAAACAGCGUGCUUCUCCCCACGAGCAGUUCACAAAGAUCAUGACGGCCCUUCCCGAGAACCGGGCUCUGGUUCAUGAGCUGCUCCUUAACAAAGAAUAUAAAAUUGAGGAGUCAUCAUACACUGAGCCUCGACGCCAGAUCAUGGCGCACAUGUGCGAGCAGAUGAGGCGAGAUGUCGAGGCAGGCCAUGGGACCGGCUGGACCGUUGCCAUGGCCACUGUCAUUCAGGACCGUCUUUUGCGGUCGCUCCAACCUGGGAAUUCUCUUUACGUGCUGAUCAGUGAGGUCCUGGACCCCAAAUUGGUGGAGAAUCAAUGCCAAGCCGGAACAUUCUCCUAUGAGAAUUUCUUCAAUUUUAUGAAUAACAUCCUCCCUCGGCUUUGCGCACCCUAUCGAGACCCCAUCGUGAAAGCAUUUGCCGAGGAUGCUUCCGGCGACGCGAUCGAUCGACUGGCGAAAUUGAUGGGCAUCAUCGACCUGCUCUCGCUCGAUCACACUAAUUUCAUGAUCCAGGUAGCUGCGCCGCAGCUGAUCCAAGAAGCGCCUGGCUAUGAGAAAAGAACGUUUGACAAGGGUAUCGCCGACGGCUCAAUCACGCUCGGCAAGACCCGACGGUUCUGGCGCACCAAUUGGAACGUCAUUGUUGAUGAGAUGAAAAAGCGUGAUCCCGAGAAUGUACAUGGGGAGCCUCGACCUGCAUCAUCCCGGGUGUAUGCUCAUGGCCUCGUGGAUCUGGUCCUGAGCAAUGCCGUCGUUUCAGAGGACCUGAUUCCGGAAACCCUUUCACUCGAUCAGCAACGCCUGGAACGCCUGCAUGCACGAGCAUUUCAGAUUGUGGCCACAGCAUCCAUUUUACUGACGGCCAAAAACUUGCUGAAACGGGAUGCUCGGUCCCAAUGGAAGCCAGAGGCAGACCGGAUUCUUUCUCUGAAUUUCAAUGAAAUCACCGCCGAGCGAGUGCAGUCGAUUCUCGAGUCCACGCAUCCUAUGCCUUCGUCUGCCAGUGCGCAACUGGCGGCGACGAUCAGACGUGUGCUCACCCCCGUGGCAACCGCAAAUUCUUCAGCUGCGGUCCAGCCAAGCGUGCAGGUUCGAACUGAGAUAGGGUCGGACUCGCUUCCUGCUGACCACACCACCAGCAGCUCCGCCGGGUCGAGCUUCUCGGAUCCAGUUGCUAAGCUCAUCCUUUCCCGUCUGCGAAGCCACGUUCUCUCUCGAAUCAGCGCAUCCAGCGCAUCUGAGCGAGUCCGGGCGACCACCACUGCCAGUCAGAGUCUCGCUAGUGCCGGUAUGCCCGAGUUUGUGGGUGAAGUGGGUAAAUUUGUUGAAGAACUGGAAAAAGUGCGCGAAGUCGAUUGGCUUUGCCACAGCCACGUCUAUGAACGACUUUACAACGAAUGCACACCGACGCAGUGA